UUGCUCAAAUUUAGGUAUAAUCGUGAACAAGGCAACAUCUUCAAUACGUAUCAAGCUUAUCUCCGUAACACUAAAGAUGUGAUAGAGUGCGAUCUACAGCUGGCACGAAGAGAAGGCUGGCACUUUGGCUUAAAACUCGUACGAGGUGCUUACAUGGAGCAGGAACGUCAACGCGCUGCUGUCGUUGGUUAUCCGGAUCCAAUAAAUCCAGACUUUGAGAGCACAUCCAAAAUGUAUCAUGAUUGCUUGACCCGACUUGCCGACGAACACGAAAAAAGAGGGAAAGGAUCUGUUUCGGUAAUGAUCGCCAGUCACAAUGAGGACACAACAAGGUUUGCUGUAAAUCUUAUGAAGGAACGUGGAAUCGCCCCAAGUGAGAGGAUAAUGUGUUUUGCACAGCUGCUAGGAAUGUGUGAUCAUGUUAGUUCAACUGACUUCAGAAUUGCACGAUUUUUUCGAUUGAAAUCUGCUUUGCAUAUGCGCCAUUCCUUAACAUGA